CGAAUAAGGUCCUACCAAAUUACCAAGCUAGCUAUACGCCAACUCCAUGCGUCCCCAAGAUUAUCCCGCCUCCACCAUAUAUUGUGUGUGGCUUAACGCUGUUUCAUCCCCUUCCUCACUUUGGAGUAUUCUCUACCUGAGAAAUAUUGGAAGAAGAUCGAUGGGUGGUCUUGCAGAGAAGCUGGAGGUUGAAGCAGAGAUCAAGUCUCCGGCUGACAAGUUCUAUAACAUCUUUAGGCGGCAGAUGCACCACCUCCCCAACUGCUCUGCCAGAGUUCACAACAUCAAUCUCCACCAAGGCGGGUGGGAAACCGAAGGCUCUAUCAAGCAGUGGACCUAUGUUGCUGACGGGAAAGUGGAGACAGCAAAGGAGAAAGUGGUGGUGGAUGAGAAAAACAGGAUGGUGACAUUGGUGGUGGUCGAGGGUGAUCCUCUUAAGUACUACAAAGCCUACAGUGUCAUCCUCAAGGUUAUCCCGAAGGGCGAGGGUGGGAUUGCCAAAUGGACUCUAGAAUAUGAGAAACUCAACGAGGAUGCUCCCGAUCCCCAUGCCUACUUGGAUCUUGCCCUCAACAUCACUAGAGAUCUCGACGCUUCUCUUCUCACUGCAUAAUUAAUGUCUUGAGAUUUGUAAGUAGAAUAAGAGCAUCGAUGGGAUUCGCAUAUAUAUACUAAUGUUGCUUUAAUUUCUGAAUCCUCUUAUAUAUAUACACAUUGCACUAGUGUGAGUUUACACUA